UGUAUUACUUUAAUCUUUCGUUAGGCAUUCCGGUAGUAUAUUAGGGGUCACUGGUCCCCCUAUAGCUCAGGUACCUCGAAAUUGCUAAAGCCGUACUGUAACGAUAAUCAAACAUAGCUGUUUGCCCUUGAGAACUAAUAAAUACAAAAGAGUAUAGUAAUAAUAUUUAGUAUACGGAAGACAAAUUUGUAGUGUGGAAUUCAACAAUAUUCUGGAAAAUGUAUCGGACCUUACAGAUAUUAAUUUAUUUGACAGUAAUUUUAAAUAUAGGAACAUUUUAUUCGUGUACUUCAUGGAUUUUACGUAGUACUUGUACUAUAUCAAUUGGAAACUAAUUCGAAAUAAUACUUAGCGUCAUCUGUAGGAGAAAGGAAAAGUUUAACAAAAUUCGUGACAGAUGCGCAUAUCAGUGCGUGUUACGUGUUUGUGUGUACAAUGUUGUGUUCAUUCAAAAUGUGUGAUUAGUAUUUAAUUUUGAACGUUUAUAAUUAAGGAACAUAUUUGAGAACUAACUUUCCUCUGACCGCGUUAUUUAUAUAGUCGACAAAAUGAGUACAAAACCAAUUUUUGUCAAACCUGGUGACAGUAUGUGGCAAGAAGAUAAACCAGAUAUUGAUGCCCAUUCAUGUACACAAUUUGUAUAUAAUGCACAUCAUUCUCUUGCACUUGAUAUGCAGCGACAAAGAUUACCCACAUUCAGGUACAAAAGUCAUAUUGUUUAUUUACUGGAAAAGUACCAAACAUUAGUCUUAGUUGGAGAAACUGGAUGUGGAAAGAGUACACAGCUUCCUCAGUAUCUUCUUGAAGCAGGAUGGUGUACAGAUGGAAAAAUGAUCGGUAUCACAGAACCAAGAAGAGUUGCAGCUACCUCUUUGGCCAGUCGCGUUGCCGAUGAACGUAAUUGCAUUUUGGGCACCGAAGUCGGUUAUUCUAUUCGCUUCGAUAAUUCUACAGACGAAACGACAAGAAUCAAGUACAUGACAGAAGGAAUUCUCCUUCGUGAGUUAAUGAGCGAUCCAUUACUGACAAGCUAUUCCGUCAUCGUUGUAGACGAAGUACACGAAAGGACCCUACUCACUGACAUUAUAAUGGGAUUAUUGAAGAAAAUAAUGCGGAAACGAAGAAGCUUAAAAGUUGUCGUUUGCUCGGCCACAGUCGAUGCGGAACAAUUACGAGAUUUCUUUAAUACGAGCACGACGAAAGACACCGCAGUCAUAAUGACCGUCGAGGGUCGACUUUACCCAGUAGACAUUUUCUUUGUUCGAGAGCCAGUAGCAAAUUAUGUCACCGCCGUCGUGGAUACCGUUUUGAAAAUACAUGUGAACGAAGAGCCCGGCGAUAUUUUAGCGUUUCUUACGGGUUUGGAUGAAGUCGACCAAGCGGUUUCUCUUUUAUCAGAACAUGCACAACUUAUAAAAGAAGGCAAACUGAAACUUUUACCCUUGGCUAUGUAUGGAUCUCUUCCGAAUUCAGAGCAACUUAAAGUAUUUUGGAGGGCUGCCAAAGACACUCGUAAAGUUAUCGUAGCAACAAAUAUAGCGGAGACGUCUAUCACCAUUCCAAACAUCGUUUAUGUAAUCGAUUGCGGUUUUGUUAAAAUUCCGUGGUUCGAACCAGAAACUCAGACGAAUUCUCUUGUUAUUGUUCCCGUAUCGAAAGCUUCCGCUGACCAACGUGCUGGUCGAGCUGGUCGCGUUCAACCAGGAAAAGCCUAUAGAUUGUACACAGAGGAAGCAUAUAGUGAAUUGUUUGAGGCAACGCCGCCAGAAAUGCAACGAUCCGACUUAGCACCCGCAAUCUUACAAUUAAAAGCUUUAGGCAUCGACAACGUAUUGAGAUUUAAUUUCCCUUCUGCUCCACCUAGCAAAAAUCUACUCACUGGAUUGGAAUUACUGUACGCGUUAGGUGCAAUUGACCGCAAUGGUGAAUUAACGACCCCUUUAGGCAUGGCAAUGGCAGAAAUGCCAUUGGAACCUGUUUUGGCGAAAUCUCUUAUGGUAUCAGGAGAAAUGGAAUGUUCCGAGGAAUUGUCAACUAUUCUUGCUAUGCUUCAAGUACAAAACGUUUUCAUAAGGCCAGCUGGUGGUCAAGCUGCUAUAAGGGCCAGAGUGGCGCAUAGAAAGUUCGAAGUUGAAGAAGGAGAUCUCCUAACGAUGCUCAAUGUAUAUACUGCUUACGAAAAAAAUAAAAUAUCCAGUUGGUGUCAGAAACAUUUUCUUAACUACAAAGCGUUACGACGAGCUACGGAAAUUCGAACACAAAUGCAUUAUAUGAUGAAGAGAUUAAAGAUACCAUUGGUUUCUUGUAAUGGAAAUGUACAACAAAUUUUGAAAUGCAUAACCGCUGGGCUUUUUCCAAAAGCGGCAUAUUUAAGUUAUACUGGGGUAUACCAAACUGUGCGUGGCAAUAGGGCUCUACAUAUACAUCCAAAUAGUUGUUUAUAUACACUUCAACAACCCCAAUGGCUACUUUUCUGUGAAGUUCUACAGACGAAUAAAACAUACAUGAAGGACAUAACUGUGAUACAACCAGAGUGGCUAUUAGAAUUAGCUCCUCACUUUUAUGAAAAGACUUCCCUUGAAACUAUUUAAUAUAAUUUGUAUAAAUCGCCAUAAUAAAAUGAAAAAAAAAAGGAAAAUUUAACCGAAUUAUGCGAAUAUUUAAAACAU